AUGAAUCGAAAAAACGUGCCGAAAGAAGUAAUUCUUUUGAAAAAAUUUUCCACUCAACAACAGAAGCAAAAUUUGUUUGAAAGCAAUAGCAACCAAACCACCGUUAGUAGCAGCAACGUCAUUAACAUCAAUGAAAGCAACAACAUCAAUGAAAGCAACAACAUCAGUGAAGCCAACAACAACAAUGAAACCAACGACAUCCACACCACCAGUAACACUAAUGACAUCACCAACUCAUCACCCGAUUCUCAACGCCCCCUCCUUCAAACUAUGGUCACCGACUUUUCCGCCAGCGGCAAUUCACAACCAGGAACAACAGUCAUCUACCCACCUAUUGAUCCAACCAUCGAUCCAUUCACCAAUCCGCCUCUCGAUUCACUAAGUAGCCCCAUCCCAAAAUGGGCGGUUCGUAAGGUCCACGGAUCGAAAGAUGGGACGAAGAACGACAGUAAUGAAAAAGGCGAAGAGGAGAGAGAGAAAUGGGAUAAAAAGUUGGAUUUCCUGUUAUCCAUUAUUGGAUUUGCUGUUGAUUUGGCAAACGUUUGGAGAUUUCCUUACCUUUGUUACAAAAAUGGAGGAGGUGAGUUGGCUGAAUGA